AUGUCGGGCAUCGAGCAGAAGGUGAAGGAGGACGCGGUCGCCGCCACUUCGCGCGCGGCGGCGGCGGCGGCGGGCGCGAAGGGCGGGGAGUCGGGGGAAGCGGCAAAGCCGGAGCGGGAGGACUGGCGCGCGGAGGAGGAGGAGGCGGAUCUGCUCGACUCGUUCCUCCGCGCGCGCAAGAGCGCGGGGCUGUCGGUGGCGGCGGAGGCGGUGAUGGGGCGCGGGUACGACUCGGACGAGGAGGUCUACGCCGCCGCCAAGGCCGUCGACGCCGCUGCCGCCGCCGCCGCCGCCGCCGCCGCGGGCGGCGCGGCUGGGUCCGCGUUAGAGUACGACUCGGACGAUAAUCCGAUAGUAGCUGACUCGGUAACGUCGUUAAAAAGCAAGAUGGACGCGCUAGGCCACGUGGACCACUCCGCGAUCGAAUACGACGAGUUCGAGAAGGAUUUCUAUCAAGAGCAUUCUGACGUCACCGCCAUGUCAGCAGCCGACGUGGCGGCGCGGCUCGCGUCGCUCUCCAUCCGCACGUCGGGCUUCGACGUGCCGCGGCCGAUCAGCGCGUUCGCGCACGCCGCGCUUCCCCCCGCGCUGAUGGGCGCAGUGCGCAAGCACGGCUACUCCGCGCCCACGCCCAUCCAGUCCGCCGCGCUCCCCGUCAUCCUCAGCGGCCGUGACGUCAUCGGCGUCGCGAAAACCGGCUCCGGAAAAACCGCCGCGUUCGUCCUCCCGCUGAUCGUCCACGCGGCGGACCAGCCGCGCGCGGGGCGCGGGGAGGGCCCGAUCGCGCUGAUCUGCGCGCCGACGCGCGAGCUGGCCGCGCAGAUCCACGCGGAGGCGAGACGAUUCGCGAAACCCCUAAACCUCCGCGUCGCGGGCGUGUUCGGCGGGAUGUCGAAAUUCGACCAGUUUAAAGAGCUCAAGGGCGGGGUGGAGGUGGUGGUGGCGACGCCCGGGCGGCUGAUCGACAUGCUCAAGAUGAAGGCGCUGUCGCUGCGACGCUGCACGUUUCUGGUGCUGGACGAGGCUGAUAUGAUGUUCCACCUGGGCUUCGAACCACAGGUGCGGGCCAUCGUGGCGCAGAUCCGCCCCGACCGCCAGACGCUGCUCUUCUCCGCCACCAUGCCGCGCCGCAUCGAGCGCCUCGCCCGCGAUGUGCUCACGCACCCCGUGCGCAUCGCCGUGGGGGAGGUGGGCGCCGCCAACACCGACGUGCGGCAGCAGGUGGUGAUGCUGCCUGGGGAUGACGCGAAGCUGCCGUGGCUGCUGGGGGAGCUGGGGGCGCGGGUGGACGAGGGGGACGUGCUUGUGUUCGCCGGGACGAAAGCCAAGGUGGAUGUGGUAACCGCAGCUGUAGCCGCCGCGGGGUUUAAAGUCGGCGCGCUGCACGGGGAUUUGGACCAAUCGCGACGCAGCGAGGUGGUGCGGCAGCUGAAGAAGGGAGACCUGCAUGUGGUGGUGGCCACAGAUGUAGCAGCCAGGGGAUUAGACAUCCGGUCAAUUAAAACGGUUAUUAAUUUGGAUAGUGCGAGGGAUAUGGACGCGCAUGUGCAUAGGGUGGGGCGGACGGGCAGGGCGGGGGAUACGGACGGAGUGGCGAUUUCGGUGGUGACGGGGAAGGAGGCGCGGUUUGCGGGGGAGCUGGUGGGAUGCCUCGUGGCUGGCGGGCAGGAGGUGCCUCCCGAACUGCUGGAGCUGGCAAUGAAGGAUGCUCGGUUCAGAGCACAGAGGGAGGGGAGAGGAGGUGAGUAA